AUAAUCUUUUAUAGAGAAUCUUUAGGGGGCUAUAAUGGGAUGAUGAAAACAUUUUAUUUUUUAUUGUUCUAUUUCUUUAGUAUUAAUCAAUGUUUUAAAUUUCCAAAAACUUAUCCAAACGUGCACUUCUAUGAGAAUGAGGUGAGUACAAUGAUUCUGUUAUGGAAAAAUGUUAAUAUUGAUCCUAUUUUCGUUCAGUUCUCACAUUCCGAAAAUAUUUAUCAUCAUUUUAACAAACGAUCUACGGAACUGCAGAAUUUGAGAAUAAGCGUUGAAUACGACGAUAGCGUAAAGAAAUUAGGAAAUCAAAAAGAAAACCUUGUUAAGAAUACUCUAAUUGAAGAGGCCAUUAAAUUUUGGAACAAAGCUUUAAAAGUCAAAAAGCCACUAAAGAAAUUGCUGCUCACUAGGUUAUGCAAAUCAAAUAGGAUUGUUUUUGAAAAAGGGAAGCCUGAAUUCUCCUGCUUAGAUGGUUGUAAAGAGAUAUCUUCUUGUGGUAAUAUUUCCAUUCCAGAAUAUCAUUUAAAAAAAUGUCGGGUUGCAAAAAAAGUACAAAAUUGGUACGAGACACACGAAGAGGGAACCGAAGGUUCGGGAAUAUUGGACAGAGAUUUUAUCUUAUAUGUUUCCGCGAAAGAAACUAAUAGGUGUGGAGAAAGGGAUACUAUUGCCUAUGCCGCCUUCUGCCAUCAAGAUGCGUUAACCGAUAGGUAG